AUGCUGAGAGCUCGUACGACAUCUCGAGCUUUUCGUUGCACGCGACUGUUCCCUUUACUUUCACAAAGAUUCCAGAGUAAGAUGACGCAAGUUCCCAAGACAGAACGUGAAUGGCGUGCUAUUCUCAGUCCUGAACAGUUCCGUGUGCUUCGUCAAAAGGGGACGGAAUGGGCUGGUACAGGGGAAUACGAUGAGCAUUUUCAGCCGGGUGUGUACCACUGUGCUGGAUGUCAAGCACCUUUGUACACGAGCACGACCAAGUUUCAAAGUGGGUGUGGAUGGCCAGCGUUUUUCGAUGCCAUCCCAGGAGCUAUUGCGAGACACGACGACUUCUCCCAUGGCAUGAGGCGUACAGAGAUCACCUGUACGAACUGCGGUGGUCACCUGGGACACGUGUUUUACGGAGAAGGAUUCCCUACACCCACGAACGAGCGCCACUGUGUCAAUUCUAUCUCGUUGUCCUUUCACCAUGACUGA